AUGAAAACGUUAACUUUAUAUUUAAAAAUUACUAUAUUCCUUCUUUUAAUUUGGAUGUACCAUUGUUUUUAUAACUGUGAUUCCAAUAAAACAUUGGUUGAUAAAAAUAUAUUGCAAACGAAAAAUAAGUUAAAAUAUGAAAGACUAUUAACAGAGGGUGACAUAGCAGGAAAAAAGCAAUCUUACGGUGAAGAAUGCCUAGAAAAAUGUCCAUUGGAUAAUAAAAAAAACAAAUGGAAAAAUCCAGUUCUACACGAGAAUCCGUACGAUCAUUGGAAUAAAGUCGUUACUCCAUUUUUGCGGCAGGAAUUUAAUAAAGAAACAGAUGGAAUGGACCCUAAAUGGAGAGAACAAAAAUGGAAUAAUGAAUGGAAUAAUAUUUCAGCGAAUAAUGUUAAUGAACUAUCUUCAAUAUUUGAUCGAAGUGAUAUUUCAGAAGAAGAAAAACAAAAAUUGAUUCGUAGUACUAAGCAAGAACUCCACAUAAAAUUUGUGAAAUUUUUAGACGAAUGUAAGAAAGAGAUAAUAGGCAAUAAAACAGAAUCCGAAUCUAAGAAUGAUAUGACAGACAAUAAAACAGAAUCCGAAUCUAAGAAUGAGAUGACACACAAUAAAACAGAAUCCGAAUCUAAGAAUGAGAUGACACACAAUAAAACAGAAUCCGAAUCUAUGAAUGAGAUGACAGACAAUAAAACAGAAUCCGAAUCUAAAAAUGAGAUGACAGACAAUAAAACAGAAUCCGAAUCUAAGAAUGAGAAGGGAAAAAAUAAAAUAAAAAAUAAGAAAUCAAAUAUUUUCAAAUUUUUUUUUAAGAAGUUUGAUAAUCAUUAA